AUGACAGAACUCAACUCGAAUAAGAACUUACCAAAACUUUCCAAGACCUCUUUGGAAUCCAAACUCUCAAUAGACGAGUCUGUUUCUGACCAUGUAUCCUCCAUAGAACAAAAGUCAAAAAUCCAGAAUAACAUUCCCUAUUUUCAACUGUUUACAAUCCUCCAUGGAGGUUGGAACAUUAACCUUAUCACUUAUCGAAACAAAAAAAUGAAAAUUACACCUUGGAAAGCCUCUCUAUUCAUCUUUUCAUCUUUCUACGUUGUUUUCAUCGUAUUCAUAUUGAGUAGAAAGAGUAGAGUGGAUUCGACUUCGAUUCAUCCAGAGAAAGUUUCACUCGAACAACAACCUUCAUUGAAAAUAACUGAAUUAGAAGAGUUAAGUGAGAAUCCACUACUAGAGAGCCAUUCUCCAUUCUUUAGAUUGGCACAAAACAUGUUGUCCUAUGAACAGUCAAAGGAAGGAACCUAUGGUUGGUAUUUGGACAAGUUGACCAAUACUCAAUCCAUAGGUGGCUACAAAUUCGAUCCAAGUGUAAAAACCCAGUUAAUUCAAUAUGGUUUCGGUGAGGAGCAGACUACGAGACCGAAUUGGUUUGGUUUCUUUAGAAAGUACAAUCAAGCUCACUGUAAACAAACUGCAUGUCAAGUUUUUCCAUAUGAAGACUCGAGAAGUUAUUUCACAAGUGGAAAGGCAGAAGGAAUUAGUCUCGAUGCCAAUAUUGAACAUUUGGAAUAUAGAGAUAGAGGUCUUGGAUUGGAAAAAGUUGAGGAGGAAAGAAAAGUCCAAGAGGAAAUUGACAAUUUUGUAAAAUCAAAUUCAGAUUUGUCAAGUGUUGAAUUGUCACAACAAUUUGAUAAGGAAUUUGCUUUGAAAACUUGGUUGGCCAUGCGACCAAUCAAUGUAUUUCUCUGUAACGAACCUAAUGCUCUUAGAGAAAUUGAACCACAUGCCAGAAAUGACCAAUCUCACAUGGACAUGACAAUGUGUUGGAGUGCACAGUGUAGUAUUUGGACAACCUAUUUCUAUACGAAAAUGGAUUUUGAAUUUAGAGAUAGUUCUAGAAUUCCUCCACAUUGCAUUUGUGCAUUCAUCAGUAAUUGUGUCAAGGAGAGAAUGGAUGUUGUGAAGGAAAUUAGCAAUGUCCUUCCAGUUAGACAAUAUGGUGGAUGUGGAAGAAAUGCUCAUGAACAAGGAGGAAAGGUUGCAGAAUUGGCAAGAAGUUGCAAAUUCUAUCUAGCAUUUGAAAAUAGCAUGUUGGAUGAUUACAUUACUGAAAAGUUCUUUGAAGGUUUCACUCCUUUGGGAUUGGGUGGAAAGCUAGUGUCAAUCUAUCGAGGUGCUCCCAAUAUCAAUGAGUAUGGUUUUCCAAAAGAUAGUUUCAUUAGCAUUCAUGAUUUUAAAUCACCAACAGAGAUGGCACAACAUAUCAAACCUUAUUGUGAUGACGAUCAAAAGUUUAACGAAUAUUUCAAACAGAGAAUGUCAGAUGAAACCAAGAAGGGUAUUCAGGAUAUGUCGCUCAAAUUUCACUUGGCCAAUGUCAUCAAGUCGCCUUCUUCGUAUAUUGGUUCCACUCAAGCAUUGGACUCACUUUCUACUGAUUUAAUCCAUAAAGUUGGAGAGAAUGUAAUGGCCUUCUUGAAGGGAGAAAUUUCUCCUUCAGCUCACUUGGCUCGAGUUUUGGCUGAAGAUUUCAAUAGAGGACUCAUUGGAAGAAAACCUGAUUUGAGUUACUUAUUUUCCAAGAAUCAGAUAUUCUAUCCAUCAGCUGUUGGGUUGUUCUUUCCAGAUGAGGUGAAUACCUAUUUCAAUUUGACAAUCUUUCCCGAUGGAAAACCAAAACAAUCGUUCACUUAUUAUGUCAAACCGAAGGGAUAUAUUGGAGUUGAACAAUGGUAUGCAAAUGAAACUGAUGGAUCUUUUAUUAAUUUGGUGGUCAAUCAGACAACUCCUUUUGUAAUUACUUCAUUGGCAUAUUGGGUUACAAGUUUCAACUUUUUUGAUUUGUAUCAAACGGAUAGGGUUUAUGGAUUGCCUUACACUGUUGUCAAUUCAACAACUUGUAUUUAUUAUUCUGUAAAAUUGUAUGAUCCAUACUUGCUGGCAUUGAACGGAACAAAAAAGACAAUUGGUAUUUCAAAGGUCAACUUGUCAUUGUUGAAUAUUGAAAAGUUCCUUAAAACAUUAACUCUAAUUGGAGACGGUUAUGUACUCGUUUCAGAAACGAAUGACUUCGUCAUUGGAGGCUCGAUUAACACCACAGCAGCUGACAGCAAGUCUCGUGUCAAGAUAUUUGAUCUAAUUGCCAAAGAUUCUGGAGCUCUCAUGUCAGGAAUAGCUGCCAAGUACUCAAAUCUGACAUCUUCUCCCUCAGAUUUUGAAUUCACUAGUAAGGGAGUCGAUUAUCUAAUUUCCAGAUUAUCCUUCUCUUUAGAAAAUAUCAGAUGGAAUGUUUUCCUUGUUGUUUACAAGAGUGAUAUUGCCAAGACUACCAAUAUUAACACUGGUAUAUCUGUUGGUGUGGCAGUAGCAGUGGUGAUUGUUGGUUUGAUUCUCAGUAUUGGUAUCGGAUAUUUAAUAACUCAACCAUUGAGAUAUUUGGAAAGUCAAUUCUUCCUCAUUAAGAAGUUUGAUUUGGAGAAUGUCAACUUUAUUUCAAGUAAAUUUAGGGAAGUCAAUAGAAUUUAUGAAGACUUACACGAAAUGGUGAAUUGGUUGAAUGAAUUUAAGAGUUUCUUACCAGAGACAAUUUUCAAUCAGUUGAGAAAUAUGGAGAAGGCUGAACAGGAGCAAUCACAAACGGAUAAGAAUAAUGAAAGCAUGAAAGAGAGCAGACAUUCACUCUCUAAUAGAAGCUCAGCCCACAGCUCUCUGAAAUCUUCCAAACAUGACUUGAAAUCUGGUGGUGGAUUAUUCAAAUUGGGUCUUUCCAUCAAGCCAGUCAGUAUCGUCUACAUUCAUUUGAAUGAAUUUGGAAAGUUAAAUCCUUUGGAAGUAACGAAUUUAUUUGCAAAGGUAGCAUCAGGAUUGAGUGUUUUGGCAAAGAGUUUGCAAGCUGAUUUGCAAAUCCUAUCAGUUGAAGAAUUCCAACUCUCAUUUGCUGAUUGUAAGAAGAAACAAAACUUGGCAGCUAUGGAAAGUGCUCUCAAGGUUUCCAAAGUUUUGGACAACCUUGGUAAAUUAUCAAGUUAUUCUAUCGGUAUUAGCUCUGGAAUGGCCAAUGUGGGUAAUUUGGGAACAAACAAUUUGAGAUAUUACUCAAUCGUCGGUCCAAUGGUUACCAAUUCAAAGAACCUCUCCAUUCUAGGUUGUUCACUUGGUUGUAAGAUCCUUGCAGAUAGUGAGAGUGUUUGCACUGAGGCCACUUCUGCAUUUGUUGUGAGACCUGUCGAAAGAUUUGUUUUGGAGAAUAGCGAAGGCAAAACUCCAACAGUUGUCUAUGAAGUCAUUAAGGAGAAUAGUUAUGAAAAAGAUGAAUGGAUGUAUGAACUGGAACAGCAAAAAGCAAACAAAAAGUUCAAAGAUUUUGAAGCUGCCUUUGCAAUCUUUGAUCCAAAGACUGUUUCUUCGAUGUCUGAUUCUCAAGUUCUGGACCGAAUCCAAGAAUCGGUCAAUAUUCUUCAAGAUCAUUUGAAUAAGUAUCCAGAGGAUCAAAUUAUUACGAAUCGUUUGCUUACUAUUCUUGAUACUCUCACCAAUCAGAAGAGUCAAAACUUGGCUCAGGCUCUCCACAAUUAUCAUACCACUCUUCAAAAAUCCCUUAAAGGAAUUUCUCAUCUGAACGAUAAAAUCGAAAUAUCCUCCAUCAAUAUUGCUUAA